UUCUCUUCAAAGCAGAGGAAAGUCAGGGGCUCAUGUGUCAACAUCCAGGGUUUCCCCGGGGAGGAGUAGCAUUAGCGUUAUUCCAAAUAAAGAAAAACAAAACUCAAAAACGCCUGAUGUUGCUUUGAAGAACCUUUUAUUUUUGUUAACAUAUUCCUCCUCGGAAGUAUCGGAGUUUUUUUGACUUCAAAGACCAGAAGACGACCUAAGGCUCCUGCUGCUUUGACGUUAGCUAACGUUAUUUUAAAGGAUGACAGAGUACAAAGUGCGAAUAGCGUCUCCAGUCAUUUAAUAACAUCUGGGGAAACGUUAGCUUAGCCAGCUAGCCUGGUAGUUCGAUUAGACAGAGGAAAGGCGGCGAAACACACUGCUGACAUGAUGUUUCCUCAAUCGAGGCACUCGGCAUCCUCUCAGUCCAGCCAACCUCUCAAGUUCACCACCUCUGAUUCCUGUGACCGCAUCAAGGAUGAGUUCCAGUUCCUCCAAGCACAGUACCACAGUUUGAAGCUGGAGUGUGAUAAGCUGGCUUCUGAAAAGUCAGAGAUGCAGCGUCACUAUAUCAUGUACUAUGAAAUGUCCUACGGGCUGAACAUUGAAAUGCACAAACAGGCUGAAAUAGUGAAGAGACUAAAUGGGAUCUGUGCUCAGGUGCUGCCUUACCUGUCACAGGAGCAUCAACAACAAGUCAUGGGCGCUAUUGAAAGAGCCAAGCAGGUCACACCUCCUGAGAUGAACUCCAUCAUACGGCAACAGCUUCAGGUGCAACACCUGUCCCAGCUUCAGGGCCUGGCUUUGCCAGUAGCCCCGCUUCCCCUGGGCCUCACCCCACCCACUCUGCCCGCCGUCUCCUCCAGCUCCGGCCUGCUGUCCCUCUCCUCCAUCCUGGCCAACUACUCCCACGGCCAGCCCCCGGUAGCGAAGGAGGACAAGGCCAGAGAUGUCGCGGAGAGAGCGCCUAGAGGGGACGAUGGAGACAAGUCAGACUAGUGCAGACAGAGCGAGGAGGUUUGGAGAGGGAUGGUAUGGGGUGUAAUAAAUGUCACAAAAAAAGGAAAGGGUGAACCAUAACUGUAAAUGGAGAUUGAUGUAAGUCUGGAGGCCUGUCUACUGAGUGUCAAUGUAGAAGAGUAAUUGCAAGGAUGAUUAGCAAAAGGACCGAGCUUAAACUUUUGUAAGUGCUGAAGAUGAAACUCCUGAAUGGCUGAGAGUAAAUGUUCUUAUUAUUUAGUGGUAAUAGACUUGGUUCAGGCUUCUAGACUUUAAUAGAUGUUUGGGGUUUUUUUUAUUUUUAUUUUUAUUUUUUAGUGCAAGCCGCUGUUGUUAGGCUUAAUCGAGAUAAUUGUUUUCCCAUUUGGAGAGAGAGCUAAGAAGGAAACACAAUAGCAGUACCCUGGUAGAUAACUGUCAGAUUUAUUUUUUCUUCCUCCUUUUUGUUAUAAGAUCUGUUUAGUGUUCAUUUCCACGUCCUCUGUAGUCCCUCUGAUUGAGUCUCAGUGCAGUCUGCCAGUCAUAAAAAGCAGUUUUAACAACUCCACUCCUCACAUACUGCUUCACUGUUGCUCACGACUUGCUAAAAUUAAAUCAUCUUUUUCCAAAAUGUUGACUGGAGCAGUUUUGUCAGUAAUUCCAUUAAUUUACUCUGUUAAGUGUUAUGUUCUUCAUUAUUCCCAACCAUUGGAUGCAUUAACAGAGCUGUGUGCAUUAGUCCCACAUAAAUCAAGUUUUUUUUAUUUCAGAAAGAUCUUUAGUUUGUACAAAUAGUAAAAUAGCCAGCUUGGAAGUUAAUUUGUGGUAGGUAGGCCUAGCUGCUCCUGUGAGCUCCACAUGGGAUGUGGACCAUUGACAUAAGAUCAUGGACCCCGCGUCUUUAAAUGAUAAGAAUAGAUGCUCUGGAAAAAAAAAAAAAAAAAACUCAUCUUGUUUUUGUAAACUGAGACAGGUUCUUAUAAAACCAUAAAGAUUCCUGUGUGUUCGAGUGAAUGUGAUUGGAAAGAAGAAAACACUUUAACUUUACUUUUAAGCACCUUUUGUGUUCUCCUUCACACCCCCCUUUGUUCCUGCCCUUUCCCCCCGCGGGUCCACAAAAUUGAUCCCAAAAUAGGAUCUAAAUGUUAAAACAGCGUGGUUUUGACAUAUAGCCAAGCGUUGUGUUUUUAUAGGUUAGCAGAGCUUUUUAGUUUCAGCUGAGAUUGCGUUAAGUACCACCUUUCUUUUUAUCUGUGACUACAGGAACCUGACAUUCUCAGCAUUUUGAAACAUAAGCUGUAUUCCAACCACAUACUUACUGUCUUCAUUAUACACUAUGGGUAGCAAGCUUUUCAUGUAGGUAAUAUGCAAAAAAAUUAAAUAUGCUGUUUUUGUACUAAUGAGAGUGACUUCUCUUAGCUUUGUUACCAUCAUGCAGAUGUGGCGAGAUUUUGUUUUCGGCUUUUUCUACCUGUGAUCAGCUCCCACGUAUAAUCAGUCAUUUCCUCCCAGUUUUGUUUGAAUUCUGACAAAUGUGAUUAUUGAACAGAGCAGUAAUUCACUUUCAUUAUUAUUAUUAUUAUUAUUAUUAUUAUUAUUGAAGAUAAGUUGAGCAGUAUAGGUAUGAAUAGCUUUAACACCUUUAAUAUAAAUAAGGAUGUUAUGUACAAAUAGCAAUUAACCAUUUGACUCAUUCAUUAAUAUAGAUUAUUAAGAUAUCAAAAUGUUAUUGUUGAAAGAAGCAUAAUUAAAAUGAAUUGGAUCUGCAGUGUUAAAGAACAGCAGUUCAGCUGACCACUUCAUUAGGUACAAACCAGUCACACAAAGGUCAAACUGAGCAUCAGAAUGGUGACCAUGAACGUGCCAUGGCUGUUGGUGUCAGACAGGCUGAACUGAGUAUUUCCAAAACUGCUGUUCUACUAGGAUUUUCCCAGAGUACAGUGCGUUUACUUUAUUCAAACGCCCUCCAGAGAAACCAGAUCUCAAUCCAAUAGAGCAUUUUGGGAUGUCAUGGAGGUGCAGCAGUUGUGUGGUGCUGUCAUGUCGAUGUGGAUCAUAAUCUGUGAGCAAAGUUUGCAGCUUUUUGUUAAAUCUAUGACAAAUGUUCUGAAAGGUAUUCCAACCUAAUACUAGCAAGGUGUACCUAAUAAGGUGGCUGGUGAAUGUAAUUUGAAGUGGCUUACAAUUAUUAUAAUAUGUUUUAAAUGUAGUGUAUUGAUGUACUAAACAUCAGGAGGCAUUCUUUGGUAGUUUAGCCAUAUUAGACUAAUUUAGACUAAAAGUUGCUCAGUGUUAAACAAUAACAGUAAAAUUAAUCUUUAGUAAAUAAGAUCCAGGCUACACACACUUAACAACUCCAAACCUGCUAGUUUAGUAGUGUAGGUUCAGGCCUAGAGGUAAAAGCAGAAAGCAGACUGUUGGAUUUUUAUGUUGUUAUAUCUGAAAAGGAGCAGCUGCUCACAGAUGUUUUCAACUUUAACCGAUAAUAAUAGGGAAAUGACUCAAGUGACAUCUCAGAAAAUGAAGAUGACCGUUUUCGACAAUGCUACCCACACCCAGGAGGUUAUAUGCGUGUUGCCUAAUUUCCCAUUUUUGUGAUCUCCUAUAUCAAAACUUGUAUGCAUAAUGUUUGCAGUUGGUAUGUGGUAUGAAACUGGUGAACAGCUCAAGUUUCUGGCUGAGAAAUGUUCAUUUUUUUAGGCAGCAGAGGGCAGCAGUGCUCUUCCAGUGAUUUAUUAUGGGUUAUAAAAAGCAUGGAAAGAGGCCCAGGUGUGUCUUUCUUAGUCAGUCACAUUAUUGCUUUCCUCUCUUUUCGUUUUUAUGAUUGUAUGCUGACCACAGGUACACUGCAGGUGUGUCAGCUGUCCCUCCCCUGUAAUGUGAGUGCUUUCCAGAGCUUUGAUAACCCAGCUUUUAAUGUCCAAGCAUAACCCUUUUCCCUCUGUUUUAAUUUGAAAAGCACUUAAGUUGUGGCUCAUUGCUCCUUUUGUUUUUCUUCUUCCUGUCUGUGCAAGUGUUGGGGAGCUGGAGUAUCUCCCUCCCUGGAGAUCUGACUUCAAUAUAUCGAGUGCAAGAACAGAUCAUUUAAUCAUUAGCACUCUUUAUACUGAUGUCAGCCUCUGUAGAAAUCCUCCCUUGGCAAAACUCAGACAUGUGAAUGGUAUGUGUGUUUGUUUUGCUGUGAAGGGCCAAUUUGUAUACAUAUGAAUAUAUCAAUAUACAUAUUUUUUAAAGCAUUUUUGUAUGUUUCAAAGCUGCUUUUUAAUGUGUGUGUAUCAUGGAGGACUUCGUUGUUGUACGCGUGCAUUACAAGCCUACGCUACGAGAGGCACAAUGUUGUAUAUCCUGUCGUUUUUUUUUCUCCUGUUUUCUCUUCCAUUCAUUCUCUCUCAGUAGGCUGUAACACUUAACUUUGUUUUCUAGAUUUGUAAAUGUUUUAUCCUUUUUUUCUGUGCAAAUGAAAAACUGUUAAAUGUGUCUACAAACACAGUCUCAUUUCAAAAUACCCGGGACAAAAAAAACAAACAAAAAUAAGAUGUAAACAAGCAACUGUGUACUCUGAGAAUGAAUCAACCUUUUAGCAGUAAGGAAGCGUCUCUGGUGCCUUACAAAUAAAAGAUGUGAUUGAGA